GCGAAGCAUCAAGUAAGAGGGAGAAGGAAGGGAGAUAGAGACAUAGAGUUGGAAGCCAUGGACAAGGGCGGAGAGGUGAUCAAGCUGAUCGGAACACACUCUAGCCCAUUUGUUUUGCGAGUGAAGAUAGCUCUCAACCUCAAGAACGUCCCAUUUGAGUUCCUGAUCGAGUACCUCCCAUAUAAGAAGAGCCAACUCCUGCUCGACUCCAACCCGGUUCACAAGAAGGUGCCGGUUUUGCUGCACGACGGCAGGGCUAUCUGCGAGUCGCUCAUCAUUUUGGAGUACAUAGACGAGACGUGGGCAUCCUGCGGAUCUCCGAUUCUUCCUUCCGAUCCAUAUGAUCGGGCCAUUGCCCGCUUCUGGGCGGCUUAUAUCGACGAAAAGCUUUUCCCACCUUUCAGAGCUAUCCUAACGACAGAAGGCGAGGAACAAAAGGCUAAAGUGGGGCAGGUAGUAGCGGCGCUGGAGAUGCUGGAGGAAGGCUUUGGCAAGUGCAACAAGGGCGGGAAGUUCUUCGGUGGCCAGACGAUUGGCUUGGUGGACCUUAUUCUGGGGAGCCUGGUGUCUUGGAUGACCGUCAUGGAUGGGCUGGCCGAAACACAGCUGCUGGAUCCCAACAAGAUCCCCAGGCUGGCGGCCUGGGCGGAGAACUUUUGCGAGAUGCCGGAGGUCAAAGGAGUACUACCGGAAAUCGCCAAGUUGGUUGAGGUUGGCAAAGGCAUCCAGGCCAGGGAAAGAGCUGCUGCUGCUGCAGCUUCUUCUGCAAGUGUGACUGCUAUUGGUGAUCCAACUGUUUCCUCGUAGUUGUAACUUGGAUUUCUUAUAUAUAUAUAUGGGAAAUGGUGGCAGUCUUAUUGGUUUUCCCCUUCUAUGUAUUCCCUUUAGUGGCAUUAUGUUCUUGUGUCUCCACACUCUUCGUAGAUGCGAGUGUUGCUCUACGUUCUUCAAGACAAAGAAAAUGGUGAACCCUACCAAGGAUAUGUCGGUUGAAUUUGAUGUAUUAAAUCCUCCCUCCUUCAUAAGAAGUAUAUGGCUUGUCAUGUCUUUAAGUUGCAUCUUGUUAUCUGCCUAGUUUCCAAAGGAGUCAAUAAAGUAUAUGUAUGUCUGGGCCACCAGUUAGUGUAUGCUGAAAUAAUAUAGUGCUGGUAAUUUGUUAUUUGUAAUAUUGUCAUCAUUAAUGAUAGUUUUUGUUCUCAA